CUUUAACCCCCUUACAUACACCUCCUAAGUCAGCACAAAUAAUUGGUAUCUCCCUCGUAAGGCUAUUACAAAGGAGUAAGCGAUACGGACAUUUGGUAGGCUACACAGGUGACACGACAUAAUUUACAAAUAGACCCAUUCGUAUUAUAACUACCUAGUUCUUCCGAUCAGUCAGUAUAGUAUGACCGGUAUGGGUAGUUAGGGUAGUAUUGAGUGUACUUCGAAUAACGGUUCUAGAAAAGUGCUAAAACACCGAUCCCAGCUUACACAAAAACGCCAAGUAAAAAAGAAAGAAAAAAGAAAAAAAGGAGCAAAACACAUGUCUGUACAUGCGGCUUUUCCAUCUGUUUAAACUACAUCGCAUAUCAGAUUCUCAUCGCAGGAUAGAACAGAUCUGAAGAACUCUAUGUUAGCAAAAUACAAUAUUAAAACCUUAAUGAGUUUAAAUUCUUUGUACACUGCCUAGGUAUCAGAUAAUCGGUACCUGAAUGCCGAUUUAGAUUCUAGAUAUUGGAUUAGAUAAGAUUAGAUAGAUUCCCGAAACUUUCCCAUUACAUUCCAACCUUUUAACCUUCUCCCACCUCGAUCGUUUGUGGUGAUCUGAUCGCUUCCCAUUCGUUCCACCGCUUGACAUGUCAUGGUUCCGUAACGCAAUCCGCAGCAUGGCGUCCGAAAUGAAGAAGGUUCCUAUUCCUCGCAACGGCGUCGACUACCGGGGUAAAAUUGUUCUUGCGCCGAUGGUUCGUUCGGGAGAGCUGCCCUCUAGACUCACGGCUCUACACUACGGCGCUGAUUUAGUAUGGGGCCCCGAGACGGUAGAUAGAUCCCUAAUCGGAACGACGAGGCGCUUCAACCCCGAGACUAAAACCAUCGAAUGGACGAGGAAGCCGUCGCAUGGCAACCAAACCCCACCAACCGACGUAAAAGACAGCCUAAUCUUCCGAAUCCACCCAGAGAAGGAAGGCAAGAAAUUAAUCUUCCAAAUCGGUACUUCGAACGCAGACCUAGCAGUCCAAGCAGCGCGCCUCGUCGCCGCCGACGUCGCGGGUAUCGACGUGAACGCCGGGUGCCCCAAACCCUUCAGCACGCACGACGGCAUGGGCGCCGCUCUGCUGCGCACCCCCGACAAACUCGUCGGUAUUCUAGAGGCGCUAGUCCAGAACAUCACACCCGAGUUCGAGAUCGGGAUCAGCGUAAAAAUCCGGAUCCUGGAGACCGCCGCGGAGACGGAAGCGCUGGUUAGAAGGCUCGUUGCGACGGGGAUAACAGGGCUAACAGUGCACUGCCGAACGACUCCCAUGCGACCCAGGGAGCGCGCCAUCCGCGGUCAAUUACGCAUGAUCGCCGACGUAUGCCACGAAGCUGGUGUCGCAUGCCUAAUGAACGGGGACGUAGAAACCCGAGACCAAGCGCUCUCUCUAAUCCACGAAUACGGUGUCGACGGCGCCAUGAUCGCGACACAAGCCGAGAAGAAUCCCAGCUGCUUCCGGAGCGCAGCAGACGGUGGCAUAUUACCAUGGAACGAGGUUGUGGAGCAGUACAUCCGGUACGCGCUCGAGGUGGAGAACAAAUUUGGCAACACCAAAUUCCUACUCUGUCAGCUCAUCCCGGGAAAACAGCCCGCCUACCGUAAUAUCAGCACCUGCAAGAGCUACACCAAAGUUUGCGAGUUGCUUGGCUACGAACACCUGAUGGAGCGAGCCCGCGAGGUCGAUGUCAACCUAGAUAUUAACCCGGACAACGCGGGAAAGAAAGACAAGAAAGCCAACAACAGUGCGCUCGCCGCGGGGGGUAACAUGGCUGAGUCGCGAGCGAAGCCCCAAGCUAAGAAGGGUUUGGCAGAACGGGGUGUAAACGCGCAGACAGAAGCGCAGUCGGCCUCGGCGAAGCCGUUUGGGGGUAUGGCGGUGCCUGUUUAAAGUGGAUUGUGGAUUGCAUCGUAGGAGUUGAUGGAAAUGGCAUUUAAAGGCGUCGAAAUAAGCAUAUACCCCUUUUUGGCUCUAGGGGUGAGGGGGUGAAAGGCAUUUGCAUGGACAUCUACUGGUUCACGGUUUAGGUUAGCCUUGCGAAAAAUACAGGCUUAGUGACAAUUGGGAUGGCUAAGAGUAUAGGAACGCGUAGUUAUAGCGAGAU